AAAAAAGUAGAUCUUUUACCACCAAGUCAAAUGAUCCAGAUGAAAUCAUAGCUAUUCCAACAAAAAUGGUUAUUAUGGGAAAUAAUCGAUUUGGAUAUGAAGUUAAAUUUUUAAAUCUCCCAUUUAAUUACAAACCAGUAGAUAAAAAUUGGUGUAUAGAAAAAUGUAUUAGUUUGGGGUUUACUUAUAAGGAACCAAAUAUAAAUCAGAAUUUAACAGCAAAUAUGAUUCCAAUUGAUGUUUAUUUUCAUGACCAAGGACUUUUCGAUGUUUUGUCAGAAUUAAUUUGUAAGGACAGCAAAUUUAACUUAGACAUAUUUAGAAAUACUUCUAAAAAUCUUAUUAAAAAUAAAGACAUAAAGAAGUUUAUUAAUAAUGACAGAUGGUUUAAAAAUUAUUUAAAGGCUCAUAUUGAACAAAAAAAUCCAAGAUUUAUAAAGCCACUUUGGGAAUUGUAUAUUUUUGCUGCAGCUUAUUAUUUAGAUGUGUGUAUUUAUGUUUUCAAAGACUCUCAAAACAUAUGGGUAUACUUCCGAAAAGGUUGGCCCAAAUAUAAAAAAGUAGAUAUAAAAAACGAAAAAUGCAUUUAUUUAUACAUGUAUGAACGAAUUAAUUAUAUUAAUGUUGUAACUAAUGUGAUUGGACCGUAAUAGAUAAUUUUUACAUGUAUUUAAUAAUUUUAUAAAUAUAAACAAUCUAUACAAAAAAUAUAUCGGUAAUAAUCUUAAUAAUCAAAAAUUUUGCAUUAGCUCAUGUUUAACUUGUUUACCUACUAAAAAUAUAUCCACCGUGUUUUCAUUAUUAUCGAAUUGUUGAAAACGGUUUUACUAUAACUAAUAAGAAGG